CUCGCCCUCCUCUCUGUCCGUCUGUUCCUCACUUUUUGUGUUUGUCUGCUUCAGCUGUCGUGUUCGUUUACUUUCAGUGUUUGCCUUUUACUUUUUCUCUAUUCUCCCUGAGAUAUUCUUUCUUCUUUUGUCACUUUUGUGGUGAAGCUUCGGCAUCGUGUCUUCCUUUCACUUCUGGUUUCAGCUGACAACACUGCAGGCUAUUUUUUACUUUUUCACAACUCCUCGUCCUCCAGUUUGUUCCCGUGCUGCUACUUGACUAUUUAUCGUGCUGACCUUGGCGCUUUUCCUCUCCACAUCUCCUCAUCGCCUUUUGUUCCUGCCGCUACCUCACCUUCAUCUCGCCUUCACCUCCCGUGCAGCAUCCCUCCAUCCGCCUCUCUUCCACUCAGGCUCGUCUUUUCUCUGAGUAGAUCUGCACUGCUGUGCAAUGGGAAAGACAGAGCUGCAUUCUCUGUUUAAGGGUUUUCUGGACUGUAUUUGCCUCUGCCUUUCUAGAAGAAGCGACCGGGCUGCAAAUGACAGUGAGAGGGACUCUGAAAAUGGUCACCUGAUCUACAAAAGUGGUGACGUCCUUGAAGACAGAUAUGAGAUAGUCGACACUUUAGGUGAGGGGACCUUUGGGAAAGUGGUUCAGUGUGUGGACCACAGCAGAGGAGGAAAUCAAAUUGCAUUGAAGAUCAUUAAGAACCAGGACAAAUACAGAGAAGCAGCCAAAUUGGAAAUCAACGUCCUGGAGAAGAUCAGUGAGAAGGAUCCGCACAACAAACAUAACUGCGUGCAGAUGCUCAACUGGUUUAACUACUACGGCCAUGUGUGCAUCUCCUUUGAGCUGCUGUCUCUCAGCACAUUUGACUUCUUGAAAUCAAACAACUUCCUGCCGUAUCCAAUUAACCAGAUCCGACACAUGGCCCAGCAGAUCUGCCACGCUGUCAGCUUUCUCCAUGACAACAAGCUGACUCACACUGACCUGAAGCCUGAGAACAUCCUCUUCGUCAACUCGGACUACUCCCUCAUAUACAACGCCGAGAAGAAGUGCAAUGAAAGGCGGGUAAACGACACCACGGUGCGGCUCGUCGACUUCGGCAGCGCCACCUUUGACCACGAACACCACUCUGUCAUCAUCUCUACUCGUCACUACCGAGCCCCAGAGGUCAUACUUGAGUUGGGUUGGAGUCAACCGUGUGAUGUGUGGAGCAUCGGCUGCAUCCUGUUUGAAUACUACAAAGGGUUCACACUCUUCCAGACUCAUGACAACAAGGAGCAUCUUGCUAUGAUAGAGAGAGUACAGGGACCGAUUCCUCAGAGGAUGAUUCAGAGGAGCAGAAAGCAGAAGUAUUUCCACCGUGGGCAUCUAGACUGGAACGAGUGCUCCAAAGCCGGACGCUACGUCAAAUCCAAAUGCAAGCCGUUAAGGGAAUACUUGUUAUCACACGGGAGAGAACACCACCUUUUUUUCGAUCUCCUAGAGAGGAUGCUGGAGUACGAGCCCUCAAAGCGUAUUUCUCUUUCCUCCGCUCUGUGCCAUCCUUUCUUCCAGCCCUUCCAUCAUCCAGGAAGAAGUCAGGGGUGGAGGAACAGCUGUGACAUGAGCAGAUGACCUUUGGCAGACACUUAACCAUAUGUGGACCAUAUGGUGAGGGUGUUUGCAAGUUUAUUUGUAAUUUAAGCUUUAAAAGUAGGAGGUUUAAGUUAUUUGAGUUAAACACUGAAAUGACAGCUCACAGUGAAAGAGAAAGUCUGAAAGCAUCAUUGUAAGCAGCUUCUCAGAUAAAAGAAGUUUGAACAGUUACAGCUGAUUGAGCUGGAAGAGAGAAAAGAGAAGCAUCAUCCUUUCAAGUAGGGGAAAAAAUUUAUUUAGCAGACACGUUUGUCUAAAGGUGCUAGCAAUUUUUUUCUGAGCAGAUUAUUUUUAUGUUUGUUUGCUUUUCUAUGUUUCUGUUAAAAUUGUCUUAAAAUUGUUUACAAGCUUGUUAAGUAUGGAAAGACUUGACAAAUGCAACCUACGUGACAUUAUAAAAAUCCAACAGUCUCAGCCUUAAUGUAUCCUCCAGAACAGAAGCAUUUUAUUUUGAGGUAAUGAGUCUCUAGAUAUUAAUUAGAAUAAAUGUGAUUUUUUUAAGUGUAAUUUUCUAGUUUGUAGUUGUAAUUAUAUAAAACAUUAAAAAAAUAAAAUAAUUAU